CAUCAAGAUUUUAAACGUAAAUUUAAUCAGUCUAAAAAUAUUGUAAGAAAAAAUAUUGUCUACUUUGAUCAAAUAUAAUACAUAUAUCCUAAAUAAGUCAAGUACAUUCGUAUAAUUUGUGAAACGUUACCCACACUUUUUUUUAUAUGAAACUGUCAUUUAUCAACAUAACCUAACUAAUUCUGUAUUUUUUGAAAAUGUUCUCAUCUAAAUUAUUACAAAAAAAUAUAAUAAAAACUAAAACCGUCAAUUGCAAUUUUCAUUUAACGAGUCAAAUAAAUGAAAUACAAAAAUUGACAAGACUACGAGUAGUAGAUAAUAGUGAGAUUGGGAAACAAGCGAUGGCAGAAGGAAAACCCCCUAGAUGUAUUCAUGUGUAUAACAAAACUGGUGUGGGAAAAAUAGGAGACCAAGUAUUAGUGGCUAUUAAAGGUGAAAAGAAAAAAGGAAUCUUAGUGGGAUUGAAACAAAAUCAAAAUCCGAAAGUACCAAAAUUCGAUAGCAACAAUCUUGUAUUAAUUGACGAUAAUGGCACUCCAUUAGGUACUAGAAUACAUGUGCCUAUACCAACUAUUCUUAGAAGCAUUUUAAAAGCGAAGACACACGCUAAAGGUGCUGAUUACACAAAAUUGUUGGGAAUUGCCUCAAAAUUUGUUUAACUAGAUUUAAUUUGUAGCCAAUUUUAAGACAAUAAAGUUUCGUGUUCAUUC